AUGGAACUCAACCGAGAACAUUUUCGCGCCAUAAUUUAUUACAACUUUCAGAGACGUGUAUUAUUGCAACAAGAAUGCCUUGUUGAGUUACUGUUUGUUUUCGGCAACGAAGCGCCUCAUCAGUCGACAAUUUCCCGUUGGUAUGGAGAAUUCAAACGUGGACGGGUGAGUCUUAGCGACGAUUCCAGGCUGGGUGCACCAAAAACGGCAGUCACCCAGGAAAACGUCGGUGCUGUGCGCAAACUCAUCAUUGAAGAUAGACAUGUGGCAUAUCGCGAAAUUGAGGCGUCCUUGAAGAUCUCAAAGACCUCAUUUCAAAAAAUUUUACAUGAAGAAUUAAGAGUAAGAAAAUUCGUUUCUCGUUGGAUACCCCACCUGUUGACUGAAGAGCAGAAAGCAGCCAGGGUUAAUUGGUGUCAAAAAACGCUUAACCGUUUCAAUUCCAGAAACUCAAAAAAUGUGUACAGCAUUGUUAGUGGCGAUGAAUCGUGGAUUUACUGUUAUGAACCACAAAAUAAACGACAGUCGGCUGUUUGGGUGUUCCAAGGUGAAGAAAAGCCAACAAAAAUCAUCCGUUCUCGAAGUGUUUCGAAAAAUAUGUAUUUAACGGAAGAAAACGUGGAAUUAUUGGACCAUCCUCCAUAUAGUCCCGAUCUAACUCCUAACGAUUUCUUUACUUUCCCGAAAAUUAAAAACAGACUGCGUGAAGAAGCAGUUGACGCAUUCAAAAAUGCCAUGUGUAUUAACCUUCGUGGAGAAUACUUCGAAAAACAAUAA